GACUGUUGCACAGUCUGGAAUUCAAGACAGCAAGAGGUAAUGCACAAAUAACGGGUAUGUGGAGAGAAUAAGAAACAGGGAAGAAAGCGAAAUGGAUCAACACAAACUUCAAGGGAACACAAGCUGAUUAAAAGUAAUGCUGCGUUAAUCGUGGGAUCUACAAGUACUGUGUGAAAUAUAAAGUUACUGUCAUACAACAGCGCUGCAGUGAAACGCGCAAACGAACUGUACUCGUGAAUUCAUGAAUAUGAAAAAGUGGGAAGAUUACACAAAAAAAAACUAUACAAAUAAUUUCACAAGAGAAGAAGAAACAUUAUUUUAACGCUUUAAAAAGCAUCAGUUGAAAAAGGAACACAUCGUGUAUCGUAAAAGAAGCAACGCGAUUAAUUCCAACGCCCCAUGAGAGAGGAUUUGUACUGAAGUAAAGAAGCAACAGGUGCUUUGUGUGCUCUGUCACUAUGUCUGCUGAAGCCGGCGGUGUACAGUCCGGGGGUCCCCCAUUCUCCAUCUCGUUCUCCGGGUCCGGCUUCAUGGUAGUCUACCAGUUCGGGGCUACCCAGUGCCUGCUCGAUCUGGCUCCCGAGGUCAUACGCGCGGCGCCCAAGGUCUAUGGAGCUUCGGCCGGGUCUCUGGCUGCUGCCGCUGUGGUCUGCGGGGCGAAUAUGGAACGACUGCGCGAUGAGAUUGUGGCGGCCGCGCUGCAGCUGCGGAGGCACUUCCUCGGACCCUUGCAUCCCUCGUUCAGCCUCUUCAAGGUCCUCAAGAGCUGUCUGCUGCGGAGCUUACCGGAGAACGCGCACGAACUGGCCACGGGCCGGCUUCACGUCUCCAUGACGAGGCUGGCGGACGGUAAAAACAUUCUAGUGUCCGACUUUCAGUCCAGAGAAGACCUCGUCCAGGCUUUGCUGUGCAGCUGUUUUGUGCCAGUGUACUGUGGUCUGGUACCCCCCAGUUUCAGAGGCCAGCGUUACAUUGAUGGGGGCUUUACCAACAUGCAGCCCAGCCAGGAGGCCUGCCUCACGGUCACCGUGUCCCCUUUCGCUGGAGAGAUGGACAUCUGCCCUCAAGACCCGACCUUCAGCUCGUACAACCUGGCAGUGAGUGGCACCAACUUCCAGCUGACUCUCCAGAACUGCACGAGGAUGGCCGACGCACUCUUCCCCCCCACGGGCAAGGCACUGAAACAGAUGUACUACAGAGGAUACCAGGAUGCUAUCGUCUUCCUGCAAAGACAUGAUCUGAUGGCCCCACAGUCUCCUGCCGAGUCCCGCUCUCUCUCUGUGGCUUCUCUCCGCUGCAGUGAUGGCACAGCCCUCCCGGCCAUGCAGAGUUCUCUCCAGAGGGAGGGGGGUGACAGUAACACCACGCCCACGUGCGCAGAUGACUCUUCAGAUGAAUCGGAGGAGAUGGACUGGACGCUGGGCUCCAUGGAGCAGACUCUUUACCACAGCCUCCCAGCCUGGGUUCAGGGAGCGUUGCUGUGCAACAUAGUGGGGAAGCUGGGGCUGCUGGGAUUUCUGAGCAGCUUCCUUCCUGCGCGCCUGGCUUCGUACAUCCUGCUUCCUUACACACUUCCUGUCUUCCUCACCUACUCCCUCAGCCAGAGGGUGCUGCGCUGGCUGGUGGCCUUACCUGAGGAGAUGUUCUGGUUCUGGCAGGAAAUGAAGCAUUUCACACACUUCAUGCGAAACGUCUUCAUCCAGUCUGUGCAACAGCAGCUACUGCAGAGCCUGGUGAGUCGCCUCUCCCUAUCCCCGGUGCUGUCCCUCCUCUCCCCCCCCUUCGAGGAGGACUCUGCUGGGAUCCCCACACUGCGUCGCCGCUCCACCCUGUGCCUGCACCUCUCGGGCUCCUCUUCCCUGGACCUGCAGGCCCUGGAUCUCCACGGGGCCUCCAGCGAUGCCCUGGCCUUCUCCUUCAAGCUGGACCUGCAGCUAGCGGUGGAACAGAAGCCCGGCAGGCCAGCCCUGAACCGGGGCAGCUCCCUGCCCUGGGGAGGGACCCUGCCUCUGGGGUUCAGGGCUCGCUCCCUGCCGGAGAUCACCUUCCUGGAUGUGGAGGAGGUGGAGGACUCCACUGAGGAGACCCUGCCACAGCAGCACUGCAUCUCACAGACCCGCAAGAGGUCCAGUAUCCACUGGAGUCCGGAGCCGGUAACUUCUGAAGAUAACUGCGAGGAGGACACCAGGGAGACCCUGCCAGAGCAGCUCUGCAUCUCGCAGACCUGCAAGAGGUCCAGUAUCCACUGGAGUCUGGAUCCGGUAACUUCUGAGGAUAACUGCGAGGAGGACACCAGGGAGACCCUGCCACAGCAGCUCUGCAUCUCACAGACCCGCAAGAGGUCCAGUAUCCACUGGAGUCCGGAGCCAGUAACUUCUGAGGAUAACUGCGAGGAGGACACCAGGGAGACCCUGCCACAGCAGCUCUGCAUCUCACAGACCCGCAAGAGGUCCAGUAUCCACUGGAGUCCGGAGCCAGUAACUUCUGAGGAUAACUGCGAGGAGGACACCAGGGAGACCCUGCCAGAGCUGCUCUGCGUCUCACAGACCCGCAAGAGGUCCAGUAUCCACUGGAGUCCAGAUCCAGUAACUUCUGAGGAUAACUGCGAGGGUGACACACAGAUCUGAGACCGCUCUGCACAGAAGAAUUCAUCACGCAAACUGUCUGAGAGACGGGGCAGCUGGAUCUGAGGAAGCUGUCCCGUUCAGGGCACUAUAUAAAAACAGGCCAGCAUGCGGUUUGCAAAUUCAUACAAGAACUGCACUGAAAAUGUUCAACUGAACUGCACUUAUUCACAUAGUAGGAAUUGUAGUUAUUUAGAAAUAUAUAUGUAGAUUUAGCUCUCUGAAAUACUUCUUCUCUGUUGGGUAACACACAAAUAUGUUUUUGGAGCAGAAAUGUGUUGGCUGAUAGUUUUUGCUUGGUUGUGGAGGAGUUUGUAAACGGGACGUGUAAUCUCUUCUUUACAUGCAGAAGGAAAGUUAAAUGAAUUUUGGAACAAAUGGAGUCCAAAGCUACCACUUUGGUAUGAAGAGAAAUAUAAAAGAAUAUGAAUUAUAGAUCCCACUGUAUAUGCAUUUGAAUAUUAAUCUCAACACUAAAAAACAAUAAAUAUAUUCUAAUAAGGAGA